AUGAGACUCUCCGUCGCUAUCUCCCUUGCUGCUGCUGCACUUGCUCGUGCCGGAAACGUCGUCUGGGACGGCUCAUUUGACCCCUUCAGUACUCCCGAUGACUUCAAUAAAUGGAGCUGGGCGAACCGGGCUGGGACCUAUCAAUAUUACAUUCAUGGCAGUGGCCAGCCAAGCGAUUACCUCGCUCUUUCCUCUAGCUACAAGAACCCUGCCAUUACACGUGAGAGCAAAGGCCUGAAACUUUCAAUCUCGCCAAACGCGACAUGGAACUCUCAAAUGGAGCGUACGGAGUUAAUCCCGGAGGGUACAGCCGAUCUUGGAACCGGAAAUUUGUUCUACCAUUUCUCCGUCAAGCGUUCAAACACGAAUGCACCAAACUCGGCACUUGAGCAUCAGGUCAUGUUCUUUGAAAGCCAUUUCACCGAGUUGAAGUAUGGCGUUGGUAGUAACCCUACCGAUUUACAAUGGUUGGUAUCGGGCUCAAGCAAGUGGAGUACCCCCUUCACUGCCGACACCUGGUUCAACUUUGCGUAUGACAUCGACUUUGGUGCCAAAACUGUCGGACUGUGGGCUUCAACCGGAGGUGCUCCUCUUACCAAGGUCGUUCAGAAUGUUGCCGCCAACACAUUUACGGACUCUCACGACUUCCAUGUUGGGGUGCUCCGCAUCGUGAACCAACCUGGAAUCGAAGAUUGGUAUUUCAGCGGCGUUUACAUCGAGUCUGGCCCCAUCACUACAGCCAUUGGCUCCGGCACUUCCAAUCCUCCAACCACCACUAGUGCACCAGUUACUACGACGACUAGCCCACCUACAACUCCUCUACCUGGUACAACUCUUGCUCCCACCACAUCUGCUUCUGCUGGAACGGUUCCUCAAUGGGGACAAUGUGGCGGAACAGGAUACAAUGGUCCUACAGCUUGCAUUAGCCCAUACACCUGCAAGGCAGUCUCUCCUCCAUACUACUACCAAUGCUUGUAG